GGUAGAUGUAAACAGUUCCGCGAAAACUAUGAUUGCAAACGGACCGCAAACAAUGGCGCGCUCUUGUCUUGUCGCGUGCUCGCUACUCCUGGCCCUUUGCCAGACUUCUGCGAUAGCAGCUGAUCCAAACGGACGAGUUGUGGGAGGAGGCGCUGCAGCCGCAAACAGCGCUCCCUACGCCGUGUCUAUGCAGUACACAGGCACUCACUAUUGUGCCGCCAGCAUCCUGAAUGCGAACUGGCUGGUUACGGCUGCCCAUUGCCUAACGAAUAGCGCUCAAGUUCUGGGCAGUACACUGGUCGCAGGAAGCAUUGCAGUGGCGGGAACGGCUAGCACAACCCAAAAGCGAAGCAUUACCUACUUUGUGGUCAACGAUUUGUAUACCGGAGGGACGGUGCCCUAUGACAUUGGCUUGAUUUACACACCCACAGCGUUUACGUGGUCGGCGGCAGUGGCUCCUGUUAGCCUUCCGGCAUCUGGAAAGGUGCCAACGGGCACGGCCAGCCUGUAUGGUUGGGGAAGCACCAGCACAACCAAUUCGGCCACAUAUCCCACAACCCUCCAAGUAGCCAAUAAUCUGCCAAUCAUCAGUUUGAGCUCGUGUGAAGCUGCUUUGGGCGCGAAGGGAAGCGAUGUUCAUUCGACGAAUUUGUGCACUGGUCCCCUCACCGGCGGCGUCAGCAUCUGCACCUCGGACUCUGGUGGUCCUUUGGUCCAAGGCAAUGUCCUUAUUGGCAUAGUGUCCUGGGGCAAGCUGCCCUGCGGCCAGGCCAACUCUCCUUCCGUUUAUGUGCAGGUCUCUUCGUUUAUAACCUGGAUAUCGUCCAAUCAGGUGGCGCCCAGCUAAAAGUCUUGGCAAGAGUUUUCAUAUCAAUAAAAUCAGAGCAAUAAAGCA